UUCGGUGGUCUAAUUGUAGAAAUUGGUCAAAUAGAGUAAAUACUACGCUAGGGGAGUCAGCCGGCCGAUUAGGGACAUUUACCAAACCACAAGCCUGUGAGGAGUCGGUAAGAACACACGAUAUAGAAUUAAUCCCCCAAUUAUUUGUACAAAGGAAGUAACUCAGCGCUGGAGAUAAUUUAAGUCGUAAAUCGUCCAGCGCCCAGUGGGGCGCGGCGAGCGCGUGGAACAGCUGGAUCUAGGACAAAGGUCAACAUAAGAACGACAACAAAACGCUACCAAAACGCGACAAAAAUUAAUUUUUUCUCUGCCAAACGAUGCUUUAGACGGUGUUUUUCUAAAAUAUAAACAAAUUAUUUUUGUUUGUUUUUGACAAGAUGUUUAAGAGUGAGGUUCAUUUUGCGAUAAAAUGUAAUAUAAUAACAGUUUACGCUAAAGGUACGUUCCUGUGCGGUUAAUCGGCAGAAAACAGGCGCGAAAAACAGACGACAUUUUUCCCUGUCGAGUGUGGCCAAACUUUACCAUUUUGUGCAGUUUGGAGGCAAAAAGGACACAAUUUUGGAGGCCAUGGCCGACCCGAGGGUCGCACCGAAUUGCAAACGUCGCAGACUGUUGGAUGCAGGGGACACACCACCACCCCAUGGUCAGAGGGCAGGACCCUCACCCCAGACAAGCCAGACUCAGAGACCUGUACUGCAUGGAGCCAGCCCCCACAAUUUCUCUCAUCCGGCCUUUUACCAGUCUCAACCUAGCUUGAGGAUGAUGACUCCACCACCCCAUGGUCAGAUGGCAGGACCCUCACCCCACACAAAUCAGACUCCACCACCUGUACCGCAUGAUGGAGCCAGCCCUUACAACUUUUCAUAUCCGGCCUUUUACCAGUCUCAACCCAGCUUUAGGAUGAUGACUCCACCCGCAGCACCCCAAGUUUGGCCCUGUUAUGCACCAUCACCUCAACAGACAGUUUCCCUAGAGGCCUUCAAACAAAUGGAGGACAAGAUGAAAGCACAGCUGGCGAAAGCUAAUGCCACCAUCGAAAGACAAGACAAGGAAAUCAGGGAGUUGAAGACCGGCAGCCAGCUCAACCUAAAUGGGGUGAAAAACAUUUUGCAAUCAGAAAUGACGUCACUUGUAAAGAAAGACUCUGUCCUGGCAAUGAAUGCAAAAACUGCGGGGGCCAUCUCCAAACUGACUCCAAUAGAACUGAAAGAACAGGUUAAGGAGCGAGCCCCAGUGCUGCUUAACAUCCUGACUGACUGUAUUAAGGGUGAUGGAAUGAAUGAAAGGGACAGUGCGAUGGCAGCAUUUCUCACCCUCUCCUCAGUAGCCAAUAACCGAAGCAAAAAAGCGAAUGCCCUGCAGCUUAUAUUUGCACUGAGCCUGAUUUCCAGAUCUACAAAUGUACAGAUUAUCUCCUUGAUGAAUACAAUGGGUGUCUCGAGCUCCUACAGAACAGCCUGGGCAUUUCUGUCUGAGUUUGCAGAGAGGCAAAGGUCCAUUGUGGUGCUCAACAGACAAGAGCCAUGGCUGAUCUUCUUUGAUAAUGUAAACAUAUUAAAGAGGAUAGGUCAUGUCAGAAUGGGUACACAGAAUGAAAUGUUCAACUGGACGAGCAGACUUGCUGUGUCCAUAGAUUAUGAAGACAAGUCUCUCAGCAGAGAACCACAGGGUAGAAGACAGGACCUCCUCGAGGCUGACGUACUUGCCGACAGUAAUGAUGUGCAGGAUCUAGAGCACAGGUUCGUCGAGAAAGUCAAACAUGUCCUGGUGGAACACUUCCCCAGCAUGGCGACAUUCAAGGACAGGCUGAGAACCCCGUGCAGUCCUUUACCAGUUAAAAAAAGCACCAUUGUGCCUCUGCCCCUUCUAGACAAGGACGAGUCGAAGAAGGCAGACACAAUCGACAUCCUCCUAACGUUUGCUAAGGAACUGAACCUGGAGGAUCACAUGAAGGACCAGGCUUGA